CGGAGCAGAGGCACAGUUGACCAGCGCUGGCGUGCAGAGACAGCUUUAUUAAGAGGAAGGCAGUAGCCAAGUGAAGCAGCUGGAAUCACACUGAAGUCACUCUGAACUCUACAGAUCACUUCGUUCUUCUUUCUGCUACAGAGAGCACAUCCCUGACUUACAGUGUGCUUUCUUCUGAAGAACUUAAGAAGAAAGCAGCUGUGCAACAUGUCAUUUGAAGAUUUUGAGAACUACUCUUAUUUCUAUGACCUGCCUGAGGAAGAAGAAUCACCCCAGUCCACCCUCAGCAUUGCCCAUAUGAUUUCCCUUUCAUUUUACAGUGUGGCAUUUCUUCUGGGAGUGCCGGGUAAUGCCAUCGUCAUCUGGUUUAUGGGCUUCAAGUGGGAUAAAUCUGUCUCUACGCUCUGGUUCCUCAAUUUGGCCAUUGCAGAUUUCAUUUUUGUUCUCUUUCUGCCCCUUUAUAUCACAUACGUGGCAAUGGGCUUCCACUGGCCUUUUGGGAAGUGGCUCUGUAAAAUGAACUCAUUCAUUGCACUACUGAAUAUGUUUGCCAGUGUUUUCUUCCUGACAUUCAUCAGCCUUGACCGCUACAUCCGCCUUGUGCACCCAGUUUUUUCCUACAAGUACCGGACUAUAAAGAACACCCUCAUUCUUAGUAUGAUCAUUUGGAUGUCAGCUGCCAUUAUUGGUGGCCCUGCCUUAUACUUUAGAGACACAGCUACUGCUCUCAACAAUGUCACCAUUUGCUACAACAACUUCCACGUGCAUGACAGAGAACUCGUUUUGCUGAGACAUCACAUUCUGAUUUGGGUGAGGCUUGUAUUUGGUUACCUCUUUCCUCUACUGACCAUGGUUAUCUGUUACUCAUUGCUGAUCGUUAAAGUAAAGAGGAGAACAGUGUUGACUUCUAGCAGGCUCUUCUGGACCAUCAUUGCUGUAGUUGUAGCUUUUUUUCUUUGCUGGACACCAUAUCACAUAUUCAGUAUUGUGGAGCUCUCUGCUCAUCAUGAUGAAAAUUUGCACGACUUAUUGCAGGAUGGCAUUCCCCUCUCCACAGGCCUUGCUUUCAUCAACAGUUGUCUCAAUCCAAUCCUCUAUGUUCUCAUUAGCAAGAAGUUUCAGGCUCAGGUCAAGACAACAGUCUCUGAGGUGCUAAAAUUGGCACUGUGGGAAGUGAGCCGCUCAGGAACCGUCAGUGAGCAGCUGUGGAACUCAGAAAACACUCACACGCCUGUGCACCACUGCGAAACUGCUCAGUGACUGUUCACCACCAUCCAUCUAUAAAAUAACUGACAGAUUUGGAGGUGUUGUUGGCUUCACAUCUGCCAGUGAGAUGUGCAUCUUUGCAUAUACAGUUUUGUAUUAAUGGCUGGCUUUACUGUGCUUGCUGCUUUCCUUUAAAUGUUUUUAAAGGAUACAUCAUUUGGGUGUGGUGUGGUUGCAGCGUGGACGGCCUGAAUAGAAAGUCGUCUGGGUUUUCUAUCAGGAAUAUUGUUGUAAUCCUGUUGUUGACAAUACUUCACUGAUCACAAAAGAGCACAUAACAUUCCUCUGAUCGCCACUGAUAACACUUUUGAUCUAGGCAUCCUCAUGUGAAAGAUCAUGUCAGACAUCAGUGGUUUGUGAGUGUCACAAGUAUUCCACUAUUGUUUAAAGUAGGAGUCACCUAGCUAUAUCCCAGCCAAAAGAAGCUGUCAUUAGCUUCACUCUGCAAUCAGAAAAGUAACUCAAUACAGAGAACACUGAAUUGCUGCCUUUUCCUUCUAAAGAAGCAUGGAAAUGUUUUCUCCCGUUGUUUUGUCUUAUAUUGAGCUGAGCCAGGGGACUGUGGUUUCUUGUCAUUUUUUAGUUUUAAUGCCAUCUGGUUGUAAAAUACUAAGCAGGUGUUUCAGAAAGUAUUUUGGCUCAUUUGAAAUAUUCAAAGAAUUAGUGGAAAUGUUUCCCACUGAAUCUGAGACUUAAAGCCCUUGUCACAUGUUCUUUUUCUGUGUUUAAACUUUCAGGUUUCAGAGACUUCACAAUUAUCAGCUGUUUUCUGCUGGUCUUGCAAACAAAGGUUAAGAUGCAGUAAAACAUUUUGUCCUACUGUCCAAAUAGGAGUAGAGUGAAUUCAACAAUAUUCUUUCACAAGAAGGUAGCCAAAUUCAGACCUCUCUACCAAGCUGCAGUCAAGAUUGUACAGCCAAAAUACAAUGUUCACUCGCAUAAGAAAUAGGCAGUAGACCCAGUUGUCCUAUUUUCUGCUCCAACAUGUUGCCUGCUGUAGAAUCACACCUACACCAAUGCAAAUAUACACGCUAAGAGGAGCAGAUCAAUUUCUGAGGCAGUACCACUUGAUCGAGAAGUUGUACGUGAGAUAAAACUGCGAAGAAUAAAAGCAUAAAGCUUUAGGUAACUCGCUUUUUAUUGUUACUGGCCUGCAUAUCUAGAGUAAAACUGGCUUUCACGUAACCUACAUGUUAACACGUAAGUCGCGUUUACAUUGUAAAUGAGGCCUUGUAUGUAAAACUAUGCAUCUGCAUUCAUGCAUAAGCACAUCCAGUACUGAUAGCUGCAUAAAUAGCAACUGUCUGAUUGCGGUCUGUAGCUGUUUCUUUGGGCUCUGGUCUCAGAGUUUUAGUGAGGCAGAACCUAUGGAAUUUCGGUGUAUUUAACUUUGGGCUGGAAAGUUGGUAAGCAGCAUUCUUUCCUUUGAGUCAUUCACUGCCUGGUACACAGUGACUCACCCGUAAUAUUCUGGCACUAUGCAGCUGAGCGUGCCUAAAUCAACUGUUUGCCGUUUUUCUUCACAUAUUCCUUGACAUCUUUCUAAGAAUGUGUUUUAGUGCUCCUUCCCUGACUGUACUCCAAGUGGAGUAAUAAAAUUCUGUUGGCUCUGAA